GGAUUCAGUUACAGCGCGACUCCCUCACUAAAAACUGUGAUCAGGCAUUUUAAGAAGUGUAGACAAGGAAAAUCGCCCCGCGAGAGAAAGAGGUAAUGGUUGGACUUGUCUUUCCUUCUACCUUUCUUUGGCCUGCGAACCUACGAAUGCGGCCUGCCAUUGCUGGGGUUUUUAUCCUAUCCUGCCUGUUCAGUGAUGUCGGAGGUGUGAUUUGCAGGUCGUGCAAUCUCUCCAUCCCAUUCCAUGGAUGUCUGUUAGACCUUGGAACCUGCAGAACAAAGCCCGGUCAGUUUUGUAUAAAAGAGAGCCUUGCUAAAGGUGGGGUCCAGUGGUAUUCAGUGAAAGGCUGCACGGAGGACAAAUCGGAGUGCUUCAAGAGAACGGUGAAGAAUUACGAAAUCCGCGCUACUCACUGCUGCCACGGUCCCCUGUGCAACUUCUGAGGGGGCUGCCACAUCCUCAUCUCCUCGUGACUUGACUGAAGCCCAUCCUGGUCUCCACACGAUGGCAGCUUCUGUCUUGGAGGUGCUUAGGGCCAUGGUCAGACAUUGACUCUGGUGUCACUAUGUCUGUGUCCCCUAACCCUCCAUGGUCUCCAGAGUAUCUCACACGAGCUCUGUGUCAGGGGUGCUUUGCUUCUCUUGCUAUGAUAAAAUAUGAUGAAAAGCA